AUGGAGAACCUGCCCUUGGACUGGAGCGAACUGGACGGACUCUCGGGGGACGACGACGACGACGAAAAGAAGAGACGCCGCGAGCGCCACGCGCGCGACGUCGGGGCUGGUGACUUCCCGACGUUGAAGGAGCUCCAGGACGCGGAGACGGAGGAGUCGAAGCGACGGAUGCUGCGGCGCAUCUUGGAGAUGAAAAAACAAAAGGAGGACAAGCUCAAGAGGGUGAGCGUUAGGGACGAGGAGGGAAGGUCGGGCGCGACGGGUCGACGAAAAACCGCGACGGCGCGCGUCACGAUCAAACCGGGCACCGGCGUGUUCUUCGUGAAUCACAAGCCGUUGGACGAGUACAUCUUAGACAUCAACGAGAGAGGGUGGGCGCUGUCGCCGUUUGUGCUCACGAAGACGAUCGGUUUAUUCGACGCGGUCGCGAGCGUGCGAGGGGGCGGGCUGAGCGGGCAGGCGCAGGCGAUUCGACACGGCGUCGCGCGAGCGCUGCAGCUGUACGAGCCGUCGUUCCGGCCGGCGCUGAAGCGUGCGGGGUAUCUCACGCGGGAUCCGAGGAUGGUGGAGAGGAAGAAGCCGGGGCGGAAGAAGGCGAGGAAGGCGUUCCAGUGGGUCAAGCGUUAG